CCCAUUGGCUUCAAUACAUAUAAAUACUACCCCUUCUAACACAGCUCUUUUAUCACAUCUAACACUGCUUUGCUUUCGUCUCUCCCCGCUCCAUCUCCCUCGUUUCCCCAGCUUUCAUACUAAGUUUUCCUUUGUUUUAGGUAAUGGCUGCUGUCGAGGUGGAAACAGUCCCCGCAGAACAGGAAGCUCCUGCCCAUGACGUAGAGGAGGUGGUGGUCAAGGAAGAGACCCCAGCUGCCGUUGCUGAUGAAGCCAAAGUAGAAGUGGAAGCAGCCCAACCCGCCAUCCAAGUGGUGGAAUCCGAGGAGAAACCUGCAGAAGAGGAGAAAGCAGAAGAAGUCGUAGUUGCCGAGGAGGUCACAGAGGAAACCAAACCAGACACAGAACUGGCAGCACCUGAUGCAACUCCAGAAGAAACCACAGCUCCAGCUACUGAGGAGACAGCGGAGUCUCCUGAAGCUGAAGCCGCCGUCGAAGAAGAAGAGGCGGCGCCUACUGCAGUUGAGGAAACCAAGGUCGAAGUGGAGACCCCCGCUGCUUCCGUGUAAAGCACGUAUCCUCGGAGUUGUGCUUGAGUGUGGAGUCAACGGGCAAAGUAAGCAGCAACCAAGAUUGAGAGAUGGCAUAUAUAUAUAUAUAUAUAUAUAUAUAUAUAUAUAUAUAUAUAUAUAUAUAUAUAUACACACAAUAUGUGGCAGUGUGUACCUACAUUUUGAUGGGUGUGGAUUAAGUGCUAUGCUUGACUGUUAUGAUUGUGGCAUUAUGUUUGGUGUUAAUGAACGAGCAAGACUAGUGGAUUAAGAAGUUAA